GUUACCAUGGAGACGGACCAAGCACAAACAUUUCACAGUUCGAUCCGCGGUCCCUGACUUUGGUUAAACUCUGCGAGUCGUGUGGUUAUUUGGAUAAGAAACGGAGUCAUGUCGCAAAGGACAUACAACCAGCUGUGGGCAGAAGCUCAGUUGGAGUUGAGCCGCCUGCUGGCUGAAGAACUGUCCGAUGAGCCGCGCCACCCAGAGAAGGACCGGGUGGUGUUCUUCCAGCGGCUGGCCAUGCUUUACGUCAGAUACAUCCAAAUCUACAGGCAGCUGGAGGAGGUCUACGACCAGGUGGUCCACCCUCAGAAGAGGAGAGUUAUUCGGGGAAUUCUUGAAGGCGUGAUGGGGAGGGUGCUAGAGCUGAAGAAUGAAAUGGUGGAGAAAGAGUUUUCAGAGUACCACUACAUGGACGACGUCCUACACGAUUUGAAGCUUACACCCAAAGAACUUGAGAUCCCCGUCCCUCGCUUUUUCAUCAGCGAACGUAGCGUAGAACAACAAGGACAAAAGAAGAUGCUGACAGAAAUCUUCAAAACGGUGGAGGUCACUGAAAGCCCCGAACCUCUAACAACCAAGGACAUGAGUCAAGAGGAGGCCAUUAAGAUCAUUCAAUUGGUAGAGAGGGCUCGUCAAGGACGCCUGAGGGCCAAGUUGAAUAGUGAAAGCAGAAGGAUGAACAGGAUGCAAAGGAUCAAGGACCCCGGAGCAGCUGCUAUGGAGUUGGCUGCAGUUUCCAUUCAGAAGGUGUGGAAGGGCUACAGAGAGAGGAAGAAGGCCAAGAUUGCUUGGGAAGAAGAGAUGAUCUUUCUGGGAAUGGCCAUGGAUCCAAAACGGCGGGUUCCGGGUCCCGCUGUAAUCGCUGCCCGGGCGAGUGAAGCUGUCACACGGAUCAAACUGGAGGAGUACAACGCAGAUUAUCAGAAGUCCUCAGUGGCCGUCACAAACCAACUGCGAGAUGUAGAGGGUCAUGACAUGAGAAAGGCAAUGAAAGACCAAAUCCGACAGUGGUUCAUUGAAUGCCGUGAUGCCAAGGGAUCGUUUCCAGACUACCCAGAUGAAGAGGGCGGAGGCUCAGCCCUCAUUUUUGCUGAAAAGAAUCCUAUACAGAUGUUGGAAGAAAUUGCUGCAAAGGAAGUGGAGGAUGCCAAGAAACCAAAAGAAAAGGACGGGAAGAAGGAAAAGGGGAAAAAGGACAAAAAGAAGGAAAUCGAGGAAGAAGAAGAAGCAGGAUUGAAGAUGCUUCCUUCAGCGUUUCUGUCUGACUUGGAAGUGGAAAACAAAACAUUCGAUGAUUUUUGGAAAACGCGCAAUGAAUCCAGAAACUUUAACCAGAGGCACGAGGUGGAGCUGAUAAAGGAAGAAAAGAGGAAAGACAUCGAGGCAGAGAUUCGAGUACAGGUAGAUGAGCAGAUGAGACAAGAGUUGGCUGAAUGGAAACUAGCUGUGGAUAAAGACAAAGGUGGUAAAACCAAAGGAAAUGCCAAGAAAAAGAAAGGAUCUAAGAGUGGGAAGAAGAAAAAAAAGGAGAAAGAUUUGACAGCUGAUAGGACUCUUGAGUCUUUGUGUCAGGAACUGGUGGAGCAGGGCUUGUUGAAACAAGCAAAUAACGUGAGGCUGCAGGAAUACUUGGGCGACUACAACUACCUUGGGACCACACUGAGGCAAAAUGACAUCGAGCCCAUGCCGUCACUGUCGGAUGUGCGGCAGGUCUUAUCACUAUAUGCCAUCUUACCGUUAGGCUCUCGGGCGGUACAUGAGAAGGCGACUCUGAUAAAGGCCAUCCUACUGGCAGGGCCAGCAGGUGUAGGCAAGAAGAUGUUGGUCCACGCAAUCUGCCAGGAGACGGGCGCCAACCUGUUUGACCUGUCGCCUCUGAACACGGCAGGAAAGUACCCAGGCAAGAGUGGCCUCGCCAUGAUGCUCCACAUGGUGUUUAAGGUUGCAAGAUUACUUCAACCGUCAGUAAUAUGGAUUGAAGACACUGAAAAAAUGUUCUACAAGAAAGUUCCCAAAGAAGAAAAAGAGUUAGAUCCCAAACGGCUGAAGAAAGACUUACCCAAGUUUCUCAAGUUAAUCAAAGGGGAGGAUCGUGUUCUGAUAGUGGGAACAACCAAAGACCCAAUAAGUGCUGAUAUCAAGUCACUGUGCAAAAUGUACAGCAAAAUCCUCCUCAUCCCAAGACCCGACUACGGCUCAAGACGCAUCUUGUGGAGGCAGCUGAUCAGAAAGCAGGGAGGUGAUGUGACAAGAGCGCUGGACCUCAGCUCUCUCGCCAAGAUUUCUGAUGGCUACACACCAGGUCACAUGGUCCAGGUGAUCAAGAGCAUCGUCACCAAGCGCCGCAUCCUACAGCAAGCGAGAAGACCACUGACCGCAGCUGAGUUCGUUGCUCCACUGGCGAAGAUUGACCCUGUGUUUCAGGAAGAAGAAGAGGCCCUUAAAAACUGGUACGCAAAGACCCCGCUGGGAAAGAAGAGGAUUAAAGCUGCAACGGGCAAGGAAGAAGGAAAGCCGCCAGUUAAAAGCAAAAGUAAAAUGAAGAAAUAAGUUAAUCAUCAUCAGUUUAUAUCACAGGUAGUCAUAUUGUUUAUUGAAGCUUGUAUGUCAAUUGCCAUUUGAAACCUGUCCGAUUUCCUCCCUAUAAGAUAAAUACGUUUAAAAGCAGUCAA